GGUCAAGUAACAGACUAAAUCAUUUGUAACUGUUUUUAACUGAGAAUGAAGUUAACUGUUCAAGUCAAAACCCAUAAUAGACAAAGACAAUAAAGAGAGUCAAUAGGAUUUGUACAUCAAUAAGUGUUAUUUUCUAUGCACAUGUUAUAAUUUAUACAAAAAGACGAACCAUAUUUCAAUUGAAAUGUCACUAUUACUGUUUUAGCAUCCUCUAGCUCCUCUUUAUUUAGAACCUUUCUUACCAUGUGAGCAAAGAGCUCACAAAAUCCCCUGCAAAAUCUCUCUCCUUUAAUCUUACUUUCAUCACUAAAUAGCAAAACCUUAGAUACCAAAUUUUAGCAGUUUACAGGGAGAAAAAAACAUGUAUAAGAAUCAGCUUCAAGAGCUUGCACAGAGAAGCUGUUUCAACUUACCAUCAUAUACUUGCAUAAGAGAAGGACCAGAUCAUGCUCCAAGAUUCAAAGCUUCUGUUAACUUCAAUGGUGAGAUAUUUGAGAGUCCUACUUACUGUUCCACUCUCAGACAAGCUGAGCAUGCAGCUGCUGAAGUUUCACUUAAUGUCCUUUCCUCUAGAGUCCCUUCAAAAUCCUUAACUGCUAAGAUUCUUGACGAGACUGGGAUAUACAAGAACCUGCUUCAAGAGACAGCGCAUAGAGCUGGUCUUGACCUACCAAUGUACACAAGUGUUAGAUCAGGAUCUUGUCACUUCCCAGCUUUCUCUUGCACUGUGGAACUUGCUGGGAUGAGUUUCACCGGAGAAUCAGCAAAGACAAAGAAACAAGCUGAGAAAAAUGCAGCAAUUGCAGCUUGGUCCUCUUUGAAAAAAAUGUCAAGCUUGGAUUCUGUGGGAGAGAAGGAAAAUGGUGAAGAGAAGGAACAAGAAGUAGUAGCAAGAGUACUCUCCAGGUUUAAACCCAAAGAAGUAAGAAGAAGAGAGACAACGAACCAAUGGAGAAGAAGAACAAGUCAACAAGAAACAAACAAGGAUCUGUUGAUUGAGAGAUUGAGAUUGAUCAAUCUCUUGACCAAUGAAGCUUCAUCAUCAUCGACAACACAGAAACAACACAAACCCAGUUUCAUCUCUCUGGUUCCACCAACACAAAACCAGCCAUUAAGAACAAAUCUUCAACAACACAAAGGCAAAUCAGGACAAGAAGCUAAGCCAGAGACAGAGAUUAUCAUCACAAAGUCGUUUCCGUUGCCAAUGCCUGGUCAUAAAGCCACAAACAGAUUCAAUUACCAAAUCCCAUUUUCCGACAAAGGCAGAUUCAAUUUCGCCGGAGGCUGUAAUAAGCUAGCUCCAGCAGUUCAAAUCAGAUCAGUGAUUCCAGUUUUCGCAGCUCCACCAUCGAAACCUAACCCUAACCCAUCACCAUCAUCGUCGUCAGUCAAUGAACCCAGAUCCAGCAAUUCUUGCUCUGUUCCGGGAUUGGGAGGUCAAGAGAAGAGUAUAGAUUCGAAAAUUUUGGAUCAAACCCAUGAUGAGUUAGCUAAAGUCGGUUAAGGGGUUAAUCUCAAAUUAAUUCCUUUUCGAUUGUUGUUUUCACAUAGAUAAAGAAUAACAAUAUAAUUCCGUCUCUUGAUUGUGUUCUUGUUCUUGUUUGUUUUGAAAAUUUUGAAUUUUCUGGGCCGACAUGAAUUUGAAUGCUUGCGUAAUGCACGGAGAACGAAAACAGAGAGCAUUAAAUUAGGGAAGAAGAAGGAAGAUGGG